GGCGGUUGAAGUUUUCACCUAUUUUGAAGUUCUUUACAUUGACAAAAAUAACUACAAGAUCACUACCUUCUUGUCAGUGUAUAAAUAAAGCAGCAUGGAUUCAGCUCCGGUUCUGAUGGAUGAGAAGUUCCUGCUCCAGGUUCUCAGACAAAAUUACACUGAUAUUUCCUUCCAAGAUGUGGAUGACGUAGACGAAUUAGACUUGGACUUUAAAGGAAUUGUGAAAAUUGAGCUCUUAACGAAUUUCACAAAUCUGGUCACCCUCAAUCUGAACGGCAACCGCAUCCAGAAGAUUCAAGGCCUGGACGGCCUGGUUAAUCUCAAAUGGCUCCAUCUGUCAUUUAACAGGAUCAAAAAAAUGGAGGGUCUGGAGUCGCUGCGGAAGCUUGAAGUGCUGGAUUUGUCCAACAACAGAAUCUCUGCCAUUGAGAACAUGGAUACACUUGAGAACCUCACUCAUUUUGCAAUUAGAAACAACCUCAUCAGUGAGAUGAGCAAUGUGAUGUACCUCAGGAGAUUUAAAGAGUUGUACCAAGUGUACUUUUCUGGAAAUCCUAUCUCUGAGGAGGGUGAAUACGAAAUGUUUAUUGCUGCCUUUCUUCCAACCGUGAGGGGCCUAGACAAGAUACGUUUUGACAAGGAGACGAAGGAAAAAGCACGUGCCAACUACAAGUCCGCCCUUGACAUGUUGGACGAGGAAGUAGUGCAGAAACAACAAGAUGCUGAAGCUCAGAUGAGGAAGGAAGCUGAGCUAAAAUUACACAAAGGCCAAAUGAUGAAGCUGUUCAAGUCCUUAUUUGACAGCGGGCUGGCUGAGCACAAACGUAGGGAAGCAGAGCUGAAUGAUUACUUCAGUGGCCAGGCUGACACUACCAAAUACUACAGGGAAAAAGCAACUGAGGUGAUGGACAAGUAUGACGAGCAACAUGACGAGGUGAUAUUAAAGGUGAUGAAGUUACAUGUAAGUGACAAAGACCUGAUUCAUGCUGAGAUUGAACCUCGUUUUGGUGAAAUCCAACCACUGGUUGAUCAACUCAUGAUGAUCAACUCUGAGCUGACAGACAACCUGAAUGAAAACUUGUCGACGUUGGACAGCUGCAUCUCAGAGAUGGUAGACGACUUCUGUAAAACUGCAAAGGAGAUAUAUCCUUUUUUUCUCAGUCAGCAUAGGAGCAAUUCAUUAUUUUUAGGAUUGCUUCUUUACAUUUUUAAGUGA